UUUUUUUUUAUUUUCCUUACCUUUCUCUCUCUCUUUUUUUUAAACUAUGAUGGAAUAUCAGCCUAUCAGUCACCCAUAUAACUCAUCUUGUGGCUAUUGCCAUGACCAUGAAGAAUCAUAUAUAUUUGGAGAAGAUUCAAUUAGCUGUUCACCAGUUUUUGAAAGCUGCUCCGUUCGAUUUGAACAAGAACCGUUCCGUUACAAUUAUUUAUUAAAUUUGAUGACAGCGCCUGAUAUGAAUGCCUACUUAUCAGUAGCUAGUUUUAAUGAUGAUAUAUAUGCUUUACCGAUCCAUUUACAGCGUCUCAUAAGUGAAGCAAGAGAAGAAAUACUUUUAUCGAAAAAUAAGAAUUACACUGAAAAGUCUGCUCAGUUACGUCUAGAACGAGUUAGAAACCUCGUCUGGCAACGUUCCGCUGGUGACUUUUCGAUACUAAUGAACACACUUGUUGAAUUGGUUUCUGAUGAAGACGAAUUAGAAGAUCUCUUGAGAAUCUAACUUGCACUAAACACACUUACUCACACACACACACACACACAUAUAUCCCCCCUUUUUUUAUUUUAUACAUAUUCAAUAAAAAAAAUUUAUUUCGUU